UGAACAGAGGUAUUCCCAUAGGGCUCCGGUGUCUUGCCUAAUUCUGAAGAUUCCACGAAGAUAUGAAACCAAGGCUUGUUAUCGUUUCCUCGUACGAGUUUUAUUGUUUUUUUCAGGUGAGUAUUUCUAAUGUGAGAACGUUUGCAUUCAUAGAAAGAUUAGAUUUAACUUUAUGACAAUUAUGAACCUUUCCGAUUGUUCGUACAUAGGGAUUCAUUGUUGUACCAUAAAAUAAUUUCCUCGGAACGGUUAGACUUAAGUGUUAGUAAUAUUUAAGUAACAAAACAUUUUAAAAAAUGUAUAAUCCCACCCAAUUGUAGGUUAUGAACUAAUGGGAAAUAUUUACGCUCUUUAUCAAUCCUUCUAAAGUAAUUUCAUUGACUAAUUUGAACUGAUCGACGUUUGUAAUGUAUUCGAAAAAAACUCGGUCGGUUUAUCGUGAGAAUCUGCACUCACUGUCCCCUCGUGAUAGCAUCACGAACUAUACUCCCACCUUGCUCCUCUCACUGUCAAAUUCUGUACUCCACAUAUGUGUUAUGUCAAAGUGUUUACAAGCAACACCGCCAACCAUUUCCACUUUAUACACUUUAUUCAGUUAAAUCAAUUAGAUUCAUUACGCUCCAUGUGACAUAGAAAGCUACAUGACACUCGUGAAACUGUGAAUGUAACUGAAUAUCAACACGUGAUUGUGUGAAUAUCGGUUAUAAUAGAGCGAUGGCAACAUUGGAGGACAAGAUUUUGGGGGAGAAAAAUGAGUAUUAUUGUAGUUCAAGUGAAGAAGAGGGUAAUGAGUCUGGGGAUUCUGAUAAGGAGGAAGAGUCUGUUUGUACCAAGGAGGAACCCAGUCGGACUGUGGAAUUGGAUCAAUGGGACGGUACCUCCAGCAAUACUGGACCUAAGGGGGUUAUUAGGGAUUGGCAAAGGUUCAAACAGCUUGAAGCUGAAAAACGUAAAGAGCAGGAGCGAGAGCGUGUGGAAUUGAUGAAAAAACUGACCCUCACCUGCAGAAGUAAUUUAGACGACGAUAAAGAUAAACUCCAGGAGAAUGACCCAGAGUUAGCUGAACUCUUAGAGGACGACUUCCUUCUGGAGUAUCAACGACAGAGGAUGAAAGAAAUGCUAGCUCAAGCCACGAAGCUCCGAUUCGGAGAACUAAUAAAUCUAGCGAAUGGGGAUGACUUUCUAAAAGCAAUCGACGAUGAGGAUAAGGCAGUCACUGUUGUAGUUCACAUCUAUGAAAAAAAGGUCCCUGGGUGUGAGGCCAUGAAUGGAUGCCUGAUAACCUUAGCCGAGGAAUACUCUUACGUCAAAUUUUGUAAAAUUCUUGGUUCUGCAGCCGGCCUCAGUAAACACUUCAAAAAAUCUGGAGUGCCAGCUCUCCUGAUUUACAAGAAUGGUCAAGUAAUCGGCAACUUUGUCCGUGUGACUGAAAAUCUGGGAACUGAUUUCUAUGCAUCGGACGUUGAGGGCUUUCUCCUCGAACAUGGAAUAAUAAACGAUAAGAAUAACGUUCCGAAAAUCAUUGCCAACUCCAACGACAAGGACGACAGUGAUUAACUCGACAAUACUC